GACACUAACGCAGUCGAUGACCCGCCUUUGUAUGUAAUACUUGAAUGCCCGUUGGUUGCUGCAUGAUUCCUGGUCACGUGGAAUGGCGCAAGUAAGCACAUAAACAGCAUAAAAACCCUAGGCGCAGACGAAUCGCCGUCACUUUCCACUGCCGGCCUGAUCCUUCGUAUCAUCAGCGUGAGGGCAGGUAGGGUUCAUUUUCAAGGAUUGGGCAGAUCCAAGCGAAGAACUUCAAUGACGGUUGAAAUACGUGUUGAUGCGCUGAUACAGCUUGUACAUCGCAUAGCACAGAUUCCUGAACAGCGUUGUGGCACAACUAUUUGGCGCUAAUGACUGAUUAGAUACCCCAUCACCACCAUUCGGACAAACUCUUAACUGAAAAUUAGACCAAUAACCCUGCUCGACAAUGAAUUUCACAAACAUCACCAAUGACACGUACCCGGACGUUCUGUUCAGCACGUUUAACUACGAGACUCCCAUCACGGCUCUGCUCAUCGUCAGCUUCGCGCUGGUGUUCCUAUUGUGUGUCAUUGGAAACAGCAUUGUGUGCUUUGUGAUAAUACGGACGCCAAAACUAAGGACUGUAACCAACUAUUUCAUCUUGAACCUGGCCGUGAGUGACCUGCUCCUCGCAAUCUUCUGCACACCAUUCACACUCGUGUACCAUGUUCUGACAGAAUACCCGUUCGGUGAAGUGAUGUGCAAGCUCACUCCAUUUGUGCAAGGGAUUUCCGUGGCAGCUUCUGUCUUCACUUUGCUUGCCAUAGCAUAUGACAGGUACAAGGCCAUCGUCUUCCCAACAGAGACCCGGAUGUCCAUAAGGACCAUGCAGAAGCUGCUGGUUGCCGUGUGGCUCCUUGCAGUCGUCAUCAUGAUUCCUCAAGUAUUCAACAUGCAUCUGCGAGAUCUUGCAUCUGCAACCUUCUGUGUGGAAAUCUGGCCAGACGUAAUGUUUCACAAGAUAUACACAGUCUUGUUGAUGUGUUUUGUCUAUAUCGGCCCCCUUGUCUGUGUGUCGUAUCUGUAUAGCCGCAUAGUUUACCGCAUAUGGUACAGACCGAACCCGAGUAACGACCACGCUGCGGCAACAGGCCCCAACCAUCGGGUGCGCCAAGAAGAGUUUGUAGGAGCCGUUCCAAAGCGAAGAGUUCGUGUAAUCAAAAUGUUGAUCUUAGUUGUUGUCCUAUUCACAUUGUCAUGGCUACCGCUGUACACUCUCUGGAUUUUGCAUGAUUUUGUUGACCUGCCAGAGAGCGUCCGGCGAUUCAUUGAUAUGAAUAUCUUCCCAGCUGCCCACUGGCUGGCCUAUUCCAACAGCUGCGUGAACCCCCUGGUGUAUGGAUUCUAUAACUCUAACAUUCGACAGAAAAUAUUGUCCAUGUUUUCUUGCGACAACAAAAAUGACUGUGUUUUGAGAAUGAAAAAGGCACCUGCCGAAGCCCACCCUCUGCCUGAACAACAGUAUCAUAGAAGGGCGAGCGGCAGAAGGGUCAACAUCGUCCAGGAAACAGCCCUUUAGGUACGACGAUGAUAGCAUUUUUUCUCUUUUCUGACCAAUGGAUUUUGUGUUUAAUGACACCAUGGUGUCACCAUAUUAUAGCUGGAGCGUCUAGUACUAUACAUUUGGCAAAUGACUUAAUUUCAACUGUUAAAUUCUAAAAAUAUCGAAAGCUUUCAUCCAAUUAACAGUGAUUUGGCUGAAAUGUAUUAACCACUUUGUUUUGAUUUAUACCCGGUCAACAAAUAUUUUGCAUACAAAUAGGAAUAUAAAUAGAUGAUAAUGCGAAUAGAUGAUAAUGCGAAUUCUAUCUUUAAAAAAACUGAAAGAGUCGACAGUAGAUACGUGACAAAAAAAGGGCUGUUUUGCGGACUUUCUGGCAAAUUCGUGAAAAGAUGAAAGGGCUUCGCCAAUUUUUAUUGGGACAUUAUGAUAUCAUGGCAAAUAUAACCUUGUACAAGGCAUAACAUCUCGCGGAAGAAACGAGAGAAAAAAUCGCUUUACAAUAAAUCUCGCAUUUCUGUAUACCCAAUUAUCGCACCAUAGUAUUGAGCAAACUUUGUCAGAGAAAUAUCAGAUAUCCCAUUGCAAUAGGAACGGACUUUCAACGUUCACAUUAUCUUUAGAUUAGAACUGUGACGGCUGUUGACUAAUGCACUACCCCGUAUCAAGGUACGAUUUUGAUAUUGAGAUGUGCUUUGCAUGGUAAUGUACAAGAUGUUUUAUGUUGUUUAUCUAACCUUAGUAAUGAGAAGCGUUCUAGCUCUCUGUAUAGCAAUGACUACUUUUAUGAAAUUCUACAUUGAAAGAUAGCAUACGCAGCUUUUAAGUAGGAUGUAUGUACAUUGGUAUAUUUUACAGUAAUCGAUUGCACUCAUAUGCGCCGGCACGAAGCUAUGCAGGGAUGGAUAGCAUGUGUGUGUUUCGCCAUGCCCUGGCAUACCUGCAUGUACAUAAGUGCGCUAUAACUGAGGAACAAUAUCAAUAUUUGUACUUCGAACGCAUGUACCUCAUGAAGGCUUCAUUAAGGCAAUGGAUGUUGAACGAGUUACUGCACAAUGUAAUGAUGCACAGAGCGGCGUACACAUUCAUACAACCUAUGUAACGGAUCGAUUUCGCUUAAUGUUGAGCACUUAAUUACAUUCUUGUAUGGGAAACCACGGUGAUUAUGUAUUUGGGAAUUAUAGGCUGAUUGUCUUCAUGUA